GUAGCAGUUAUGUAUAUACAGUAGAUUUAUUCUUCUAUUUGAGUUUACUUCUACUCUCCUUACAACUUUCUUAAAUUCUACUUCAACUAUUACUUUCCCCUCUCACAUGUGAUAGGCACAGGCCCAGGCAGAAGAGCAACAGCAGGUGAAAGAUUUGGAAAAGUUUGUGUUGGUUCCACUACCUGUGGAACAGACAGAGGUGUUAUCUGGCCAAGGUGCCCCAGUCAGUACAAGCAACAUCCAUGUUACUACAGCUGUUACAUCCACCAUCUCUGCUUCAAUUACCUUCACCUCUACAACCACUGUGACAUCUACCACAUAUACUACUGCUGCCCUAACCACUUCUUAUACAUCUUCAACAAUCCUUUACUCAACAACAUCAACUGUUGCUCCAUUCACCACCUCCACCACCACAACCUCCACUACAGCUGUCCCUGCCACCCCGAGUGUUGAGGCCAUGAUUCCUGAGGUGAUUGUGGAGGGGGAACAAGCACCAGAGCAUCACUUGGAUGGAGCAGUCACAGUCGAGCCUUCCACUGGAACCCAACCCUCUGAACAGGUGCCUAAGCCAGCUGAGGCUAGCCAAGAGGUGCUGAGCGACCCUAGCAGAACUGGCCCAACACCCCCUGACCAGGCACCAGCUCAAAAGCCGGCCUCAGAGGACGUCCUACGGCCAGACCAACAGAUCACAGGUUCGGGCCCCGCUGACGGUGACGCUGCAGUUACUGAGGCUGAGGGCCCGGUGGACGCCAAACUCUCGCCUCUACCGUCUUCGGAAGAGCGACACGUGAGCUUCGAGGAAGAUGGCGGGGUGCCGGGAGAGGAGGGUCCGCCCAAGAAGAAGAUGAACGCCAGGGAACGAUGGUACUGGGCCUUCGACAAGAUCGUCGGUCAACUUAAUGUGAGUACACGAUCUCUCUCUCUCUCGGAGUGCCCUUGUGAGUUGCAGAGUAAUCUUCUGGGCUUAAAUACAAAUACCGGGAAACAUUUUACUCAGGCUUAAAAGUUAU